AUGGGUGUGAUCGCGGAGCGAGUGGUUAUUUCAGACGCAGUGCCUCAGUCACUGAUCGCCGCUCUCGCGCAAAGCGACUCUUUCAACAACGGCGAUCGCCCGGCGAAGCGGCGUAAGGUCACCAAAUCAGGCCCUUACAGUUUAUCUCAACAGAGAGGCGUCUCUGCCAGCGGGACUCCUUUAGGCUAUAUUCCGUUGGCGCGACUGGCACUGCGCAUGAGCUUUUCCGAUGACCCUGAGUUAAAUGAUGUGAUACCCUCCGAUUCGACAGCAACCCCCUGUUCUCUCCCCGUGCUCGUGGAAAUCAGAAGCGUUGGCGCCAGCCAUGACGACUCGAAUAAAAGUACAGCACAGGACAAACCCUACCACAGAUCCUGGUCACUCGAGCUACGGGCGAUCGAUACGGAAAGAACUGACUUCUUGAAACAACAAUUCAAUGAUCUUCAGCAGUCCAGUUUCUUCCAACAACUUGAGCAUGCCACCAGGCUGACUUCGGCGGACCGGCACUUCAGUCGCGGUCCCCCGAGGGCAUGCUACCAAGCUUCAAUACGUCCUUUGCCCGAAUACAAAUGCCUUCAGCUAGAUGUUGUGAUCCUUUGGGAAGACUCUCUUGAACUUCCGGACUUUGUUCAUCUGCAAGAUCCGGUCCUGGAGGUAUUCGCAAAGUACGCACUGCAGGAGACUUACGAAUGCCCGAAAUCAUUGAGUGGCCAACGUGAGCAUCGUGAAAAUCUAUUGGGCUAUCCUCGAGGAUGGUCACCGCGUCAAUUCUACGAAAGCGUUCAUGUUCCGUCAGACACCAAAAGCUCAUCCGCAGAGAUCCACUGCCCCGGUCUUGCGUGUCAACUGUUCCCCUUCCAGCGAAGAGCCGUUCGAUGGCUUCUGCGGCGAGAAGGUGUGGAGCUUCAGAAUGACGGAACGAUUACUUCGACAGAGAGACCCCCACGCGACGGCCUCCCGGCGUCAUUCAAGGGAAUGAAAGAUGCUGAUGGAAAUACCUGCUACUUCAGUCAACUGUUCAUGACUAUCACCACCAAUAUCCAUCAUUGGUCUGAUGCUGCAGAUCAUUUGAGGGGCGGCAUUCUCGCUGAAGAGAUGGGGCUGGGAAAAACCGUGGAGAUGAUUGCAUUGAUAAAUUUGAAUAGACGACUCGUCGAUGACGAUGUGAAAUUUGACCCCGACGAACAAUGGAAACAAGAAAUUGAGCAGCAUGCUCCUGGUCUGCGCGUGCACCAUUAUACCGGCAUCAAACGAGGACAAGAAAAGUCCGAUGAUCUGAUAAUAGAAGAGGUUGCAGACUUUGAUGUCGUUCUUACUACCUACAAUGUCAUCUCCCGGGAGAUUCACUACGCCGGUGCAGCUCCGAAGCGAAGCCUUCGCCAUGAAAAGAGAUUCGAGCCGCGUAAGACGCCGCUGGUUCGCAUUUUGUGGUGGCGUGUUUGCCUGGAUGAAGCCCAAAUGAUCGAGAGUGGUGUCAGCAAUGCCGCCAAAGUCGCCCGCUUGAUUCCGCGAGAGAAUGCUUGGGCUGUGACGGGCACGCCUCUCCGCAAAAAUAUCGAUGAUUUGUUUGGUCUUUUGCUCUUCCUCCACUACAGACCAUUUUGUGACUCGAGUACUGUAUGGAAAAGGCUGUUCUCCCGCUUUGGGCCGGUUCUCGCCAACAUCAUCAAUGCAAUCGCACUCAGACACAGCAAGGAUCGUGUGCGAGAUGAACUUCGCCUACCACCACAGAAGCGUGUAGUGAUCACCACUCCAUUUACUGCGAUUGAAGAGCAGCAUUAUGGACAGCUCUUCGAGGAGAUGUGCGAGCAAUGUGGUCUUGAGGCAUCAGGAGCACCUCUUCGGGACGACUGGAAUCCAGAAGAUCCGGGGACCGUGGAGAAAAUGCGUACUUGGUUGACACGACUCCGCCAGACAUGUCUUCAUCCCGAGGUCAGUGGGAGCAACCGUCGAGCCUUGGGCGCAGCAAACGGCCCUUUGCGGACUGUCGAUGAAGUUCUCGAGGUGAUGGUUGAAAACACUGAUACCUCUAUUCGCACCGAGGAGCGAACGCUCCUACUGUCUCAACUUCGCCGAGGCCAGCUCCUAGAAAAUGCAAAACGCCGGAAGGAAUCCCUAGCAAUUUGGCAGACUGCUUUGAAAUAUUCCACGGAGUUGGUGGAGGACAGUCGAAAACAGCUGCGGCUGCAGCGCCUACAAAGCAAGGACGACAGUCCCAGUAAUGGCGCAGGCUCUACCGACAUGGUCGAUUUGAGUGAUAAGGACAACGAAGAGGUGGAUAAGAACAGCCGCAUUGGUCAAUGUCGCCUCAGACUCCGUGCUGCUCUUGAAGUUCAGCAUAUUGCCGUCUUUUUCACCGCGAACGCCUACUACCAGAUCAAAUCCGAUCCGAAUCUCACCCGACCGGACUCUGAAGAGUUCAAAGAGCUCGAGAAGAAGGAAGAAGAAGGCUAUGAGGCUGCAAAGCUGAUUCGGAAGGAGAUGUUGACAGACAUUUCCCGAAAGGUCGAGCGUUACAUGAAGAUCAUCGAGGAGAAAACACAGCAAAAGCAAUUCGUGCAGAUCCCAAGAUUGGAACCCCACCUCUACAACAGGGGACUUGUCUCAUAUCGUCUGAUAAACAAGUUCGAAGAUCUUUGCGAUGCCCUGAACAAGCACGCGGCGCAGUACAACGAAUGGCGAGAUGUCAUGAUACGACUUGUUUCUCAGUCCCUUAUCGACCAAGAGGAGGAUGCUGAGCUGGAGGGCAAUGAAUAUGAGCGGUCGACAAAGCAUCAAGAUGAGAUGUAUGUCUACAUGGAAGCUCUUCGGUCCAUGUAUGCUGAUCGCCACGACGCACUUACCGGCCAGAAGAACAUUCUGAUCUCCCACGAGGUCAAAUUGGGCAUAAUUCAGGCACAAAAGGGCGAAGGUCCUUCUCCGGAGCUAUUCUUGCGCAUAAUGAACACUCGCAGUGAGCUCAUGCCUGACCCUGAGCUGGGAUCUCUCCGGGGUAUUGUCAGUGAGCUCCGCAGUUUAGUGACUUCUCUUGAAUGGCAAGCGGGCGAGGGGAACUCGCGUGUCAAUUCUGAGCUCGAGAUAGUCGGAAUGGUUUUGAAGAAUGCUGGGCAGAUGAUUUCUGAACAGCUCAAAGUGUCUUCCAGCCUCGAAAGAGAGGUGGAAAUGUUCCGUGACACCAUGAACAACCGUUUGGAGUAUUACCGCCAUCUACAACAAAUUUCGGAUACGGUAGCUCCGUACGAUGAAGAGAACGCGGGAAAGCCUAUGGAUGAAGAUUUUUUUGCCUCUAAAUUGGCGCAAGAAGAGGCCCUUGAAAAGAAGAUUGCGUCUUUGAAGUCCAAGAGGCGCUAUCUCAUUCAUCUGCGAGAUGAAUCAGGCUCAGAGGAUACCUCUAGAAUCUGCAUUAUUUGCCAAUCAAGCUUUGAAGUCGGCGUCUUGACCAAUGCCAUCUACAGCGAUAUCAGCUCUGGGCUUCUGAAGGAGAUCAAAAUGAUUGAUCUCAAUGGCUCAUUUGGCACCAAGAUCGAUACCCUCGCCCGACAUGUCCUGUGGCUGCGAGAGCAUGAUCCUGGAGCCAAGUCGAUUGUCUUCUCGCAGUACAAAAACUUCUUGACAGUCCUACAAAGGGCCUUUCAGCGCUUCGGAAUUAUCAGCAGCAGCGUCGAUGCUCCAGGUGGCAUCGAGAAAUUCAAGAAGGACCCUGCGGUUGAAUGCUUCUUGUUGCACGGAAAAGCCCAGUCGUCUGGAUUGACUUUGAUCAAUGCUACUCAUGUGUUCCUAUGUGAGCCUUUAAUCAACACGGCUAUCGAACUUCAAGCUAUCGCUCGAGUACAUCGAAUUGGCCAACAUCGCCCCACAACUGUGUGGAUGUAUCUCGUCUCCGGCACUGUGGAGGAGUCCAUCUACGAGCUGUCGGUCGCUCGUCGGCUAAAUCACAUCAUAGAGAAGGAGAAGCAGGAGAAGAACACCCGUCUGAAGAUUGCAGUCGAUGGUGAUGACACACUGAUUGACGAUCUCACGGAAACAGCCAUCGAUUCCGCCAACUCCAUGGAAAUGCAGGACGCAAGUCUGAAUAAUCUGAUGACUAGUGGCUCUUCGGGUGGAGAAAUGGUCAAGAAGGAUGAUCUCUGGCAGUGCCUUUUUGGAAAUUCCACCCAAAAAGACAGUCAUGGCCACUCCACCGAGGCAGAAAGAGAGGUUGGCCGAUUCUUGCGAGGCGAAGCUGCCGAGCAGAGACGCGAUGACAUGACGAAUUGA